UACAUAAAGUUAGACUAGGACAUGGUUGCUGACCAUUCUUCAACUUCUCUUUUGUGGAAAUUCAAUUUCAUUUGCAUUUUACUGAGCAGCUAUGAGCACCAGCAACCCACAAGUUUUAUCUUGAAGAUUCGAAACAAGCUUUUUCUGAAGCUAUUUCCGGUUUUCGUUGUCAAAUCCAUAUGUUAAACCUGAAGGUCUUUCUCUUGAGCUGCUCGCUGCUGCUCUUUCUUCCACUCUGCUCCUGCAGAGACACGAUCACAAACGUCACUUCCAUAUUCGACCACUCAGGAGAAUCAGACACACUGGUGUCGAAAGGCGGAAGAUUUACGCUCGGGUUCUUCACUCCCAAUGGGAGCUUUGAUCUCAGAAGGCGAUAUAUUGGCAUAUGGUAUUCCGGUUCCGAUCCAAAGACGGUCGUGUGGGUUGCCAACCGGGAUGCCCCAUUACUUUAUAGAACUGGCUUUUUUGGUUUCGCAGGAGAUGGAAAUCUUGUGGUAUCAGCUAAAGGGAAGGGUUUCAACCACUCUUGGAGGACCAAUGUCAAAAGCUCAUUAGGUCCUGGUACCAUGAUAGCACAACUCCUGGACUCGGGAAACCUAGUUCUGAGAGAUGUGUCGCGAGAAGGUCAGAUAAAGUGGCAGAGCUUUACUCAACCAACCGAUACAUUUCUUCCGGGAAUGCUGCUAGGGUCUCUCAACUUGACGUCGUGGAAGACAUCCAAUGACCCCGGGGUUGGAAAGUACAUGUUUCAGCAAGAUCAAGAAUCCGAAGGCCAGUACGUGAUCAACCACCAGCAAUCACAGUACUGGAAGAGCGGGAUUUACGGGAAGUAUAUUUCGUCCAGUGACUUGCCACAAGAGAUAACUCCUCUACUCUCACCAACAAAUCAAACGCAGGACUACAACACUAGGCUAAGGAUAACUUUCGAUGGGUUCAUACAGUACUUUAACGAAACAUCCCCAUGGAUUCCUAUAUGGUUAGAGCCGAAAGACCAAUGCGGACUGUCAAAUCCUUGUGGGGAAUUUGGGAGCUGCAACAGUGACAACAUCGUUCUCUGCAAAUGUUUGCCUGGGUUUGAGCCCCGAUAUCAGUCCUCAUGGGAAACAGGGGAUUAUUCCAGAGGUUGCAUCAACAAAUCUCCUCAUAUUGGCAAGGACUUCCUGAAUCUCACAAUGAUGAAAGCGGGCAAACGCGGUAUUAAUGGUGUUGAUGCAAACAAUAACGACGAAUGUAUGGCGCGGUGCAUCCAAAGCGACCAGUGCCAGGCCUUCUCAUAUAUCGAAUAUAAAUUUGCGCAGAGAGGCAACGUAGGCAGGUGUUGGACGUGGCUCGAGGAGCUCGAAGAUAUCCAAGAAUCCACAGAGGAUGGUGCAAACCUCUUUGUUCGGGUCUCGCUUCCGUAUAUAGGGACAAAUAGAAGCUGUGGAACUUGCGGCACUAACAUAAUUCCCUAUCCACUUAGCGUUGGUGCAAAUUGUGGCGAUUACAACUACUUCUUUUUCCACUGCAAUGCAUCCACUGGCCAACUCUUCUUUGAUUCCCGAAACAGCUCAUUUCGAGUGACCAACAUCAAGAGGGAAAUGCUUAGUUUUUCUGUCCAUGUGGAAAGGUCAACUGACUGCACAACAAUUCACUCCAUGAGAACUGCUCUGCAGCUCAACGACUCCUGGCCCUUCUUUGUGAUCAGGUGCAAUACUGGCUCAAACAUCUUCAGCGUCGGCCCCUCUUUGGAAAAUUACAAGCAGUUAAAGGAGAUAGAGAUUGGGUGGAAUCCACCGAUGGUGGAGCCGACCUGCAGUUCAUCCAAGGACUGCCGUGAUUGGCCGAAGACAACUUGCAAUGCAACAAACGGUGGAACUAAAAGAUGCCUCUGCCCUUUGAACUUCCGAUUGAAUACCACAUUUUAUAACUGUACUCAAGUUCUAGCAGACAACUUGGGACCUGAUGGAAACUCCGAAGUUUCCCAGCAUGAAAAGAAGCCAUUGUACUUAAUUUCACUUGUCGCCAUUCCAAUCAUGAUACUUGCUGCUGGCUUUCUGUAUAACAGAUGGAGGAAGCAGCCCAGAACACAAGUAAAACGGGAAAGCAAUUCAGGUGAUCCAGCAUUCCGAAUGUACGACAGUGAGCGACGGGUGAAAGAAUGGAUAAGUUCGACACAAUUUGGCGAGGAUGACAAGAAAGGGAUAGAUGUUCCAUUCUUCGACUUGGGGGUCAUACUGGAAGCAACCGAUAGCUUCUCAGAUGAAAACAAGCUUGGGCGGGGAGGGUUUGGACCCGUUUACAAGGGAAAGUUUCCAGGAGGGCAAGAAAUUGCAGUGAAGAGGCUAUUGAGUGGCUCUGGACAAGGCUUAGAGGAAUUCAAGAAUGAAGUUAUGCUGAUUGCCAAACUUCAGCAUCGGAAUCUUGUUAGAUUGUUGGGAUAUUGCGUUGAAGGAGAAGAGAAAAUAUUGAUGUAUGAGUACAUGCCAAACAAAAGCUUAGACUCAUUCAUAUUUGAUCAAACGAGAAGUGUGUUGCUGACCUGGGAGAUGAGGCUAGAGAUUAUCCUUGGGAUUGCAAGAGGGAUGCUCUAUCUUCACCAAGACUCAAGGCUAAGAAUAAUCCAUCGUGAUCUGAAAACGAGCAAUGUCCUGUUAGAUGAGGAGAUGAACCCCAAGAUCUCCGACUUUGGCUUGGCUCGUAUUUUUGAGGGCAAACAAACUGAAGCAACUACACAGAGAGUUAUCGGUACAUAUGGUUAUAUGUCUCCAGAGUAUGCUUUAGAUGGAUUUUUCUCGAUCAAGUCUGAUGUUUUCAGCUUCGGUGUUGUGGUGCUCGAGAUUAUUAGUGGAAAACGGAACACAGGAUUUUAUCCACCCGAAGGGCAACUAAACCUUAUCAGUCAUGUAAGUUAUUUAUCCAUGAUGCAGAUGUUCGGAACUUUGAUAUUGUUUUCUGUCCGGAUUGAGAUCAUAUAUGCUCAGACCUGGAGACUAUGGACUGAGAACAACGCACUGAACCUGAUGGACCGCAUACUGGAAGAAACCUGCAGCAGAGGUGAAGUCCUCAAGUGUAUAAAUGUGGCGCUUCUCUGUUUACAAGAAGAUCCCAAUGAUCGCCCCACAAUGUCAAAUGUUCUUUUCAUGCUUGGAGGAGAAAUCACGAAGCUUCCAACCCCGAAACAACCGGCCUUUGCUCUUAAGCCGAGCUUCUCUAGCACGGGUUCUUCUUCUACAAGGCCCGACUCGAGCUUUAUCGUUUCAGCUUCCAUGGAGCAGGGCCGAUAACAGAAAAUGCUCCUCCGGUUCUUUUCCAUUACUUACCGUUGAACGUUUUUCCUCAAUAAGGGAAAAUCUGUCAGUUGUCAGUGAUCUUCAAUUCUAUUAGAGCCUCUUUUGGGAAUUCUAUAAACAUAAAAUUAAUGAAGUUCUGAUUUCUUAAUCAGGUUCCUUA